AGCACUCGGAAAAUCAGUUCAAUUAGCCAAAUUUAUAGAGCAGUUCGCCCAGCCAGAGCAGCAACACCAACGACUUAAAGGCUUCCAUUCAGGGCUAAUUAAGGAAACGGAAGGGAAAGGAAAGCAGCACGUCGACAAUGCUGCCGUCACGUAAACAUUUAAUUGCCUUCGUUGUGGUGACAACAUUAGUCGGCCUAACAGUGGGCCAGGAGUCCACGUUUCUGGCCUCGAUCACCAGCUCGAACAACACGCUUCAGUCGGCGAAUGGAACGAGCGUUAACGAGACCAUUUCAAUAAAUAUUAGCGAAAUAAUUGCAGCUGCUGAGGCGGCAUCAAAUGCCACAGAUUCCUCCAGCACUACAGCAUCUUCCUUAGCGACAACUGAAGCAUCGUCGACUUCAACAGCAACUUCUGCAACAUUAACGACAACUACAGCAACAUCUACUAGUUCAACAUCCACGCAAGCAGCAAUUACCACAACCACUGAAACAUUAACAAGCACACAGUCGACUGCAACAACAAGCACUCCACCUACCACAACCAACACUCCAACAACAACAACCACACAAGCUUUAACAACUACACAAGCCCCCACAACAACACUGCAAACUAUAACAACGACACAACAGCCGACCACAACUGUUUCUGUUGCUACAACAAGUACUGCAGCUUCCACAACAACACCACUAACCACUACUCAGACUUCAACAACAACUCCACAAUCGACAACAACAAUAGCAACGCCUUUAUCCACAACAACAAUCACACCAACAACAACUCCACAAUCCACAGCAACAACCGCUCAAGAUUUAACAACAACACCACAGCCCACAACUCAAACUACAACAGCAGCCACAUUGACAACAGCACCUACUCAAACUUCAACAACAACAACACAAUUUACUUCCACAACAACACAGCUUUCAACAACAACAACACAGCCUUCAAUAACAACAACACAGCCUUCAACAACAACCACUCAAAGCUCCACAACUACAAUACAGCCCACAACAACCACAGUAAAACCCACAACAACAACAACAUUUCAGCCCACAACAAAAAUAGCACAGACCACAACAACAGCUCCACAGUCAACAACAUCAACCACUCUAGCAGCAACAACCAGCACAGAAGCUUUAACCACACUUGCUGAUAGCACAACACUUUCAACAACAGUUGCAGAUAGCACUACCAUUUCAACAACAAUUGUUGAUAGCACAACCGUUCCAACCACAACGACCAGCACAACACCACCCGCUUACACCGUUUACACCGUGGAACCCUACCCGAAUAUUUAUGGCCGAUCGAAUGAGAUUGGCAAGCCACAGCGCAAACUGCGAAAGGGUCGCAAGGGUCGCCGCGGCAGGAGACCCCGUCGCCGCACGACCUUGGCACCACUGACCACUAGCAGCUCCACCACAACAACAACAACAACAACAACCGCCAGGACGACGCUCAGUGGUUUUGAUGACUUCAGCGAUGACUACGAGGAUCUAGUCCUCAACUCGAACAAUGUGCUAGAGCCAUUUCCACAGCUGCCUCUCUAUCUCGGAAAUAUCGACAAUAACAGGAUCCCCAAUUAACCCCGAUCGUUUGCAUCAUUCUCCAGGAGACUGAGACCAAUUACUGGAGUCCCAUAUUCGUUAGUUUACUUUAUUUAUUAACUUUAAAUAAAAAUAUUUUUCACAAAAUGUCA